AUGGAUGAUCAGAGUUCGCAAAUAACAGUAAGAACGAGCACCUCGACCAUCCACGCGGUCUCCUUGCAUGGCGAUCCGUCUGCAGGCUCAGCUUCUUUUUCCGCACCGGAAGAGACAGAAUUGGACGACGACGAUGACGACGACGAUGACCCGCUGAAAGUCAAAGAGCUUUCGCUAGCUUUUGACUAUCUAAUGUACAAAAUACAGGACCAGGCCAGCCAGCUGAGCGAACGGGUGGAGUCACACGUUCUCCGCUCAAAAACAGAACACGAACAUGACAUCCAGGCGAUACAGGAUAAGUUAGUCCAGAUCAAGCAGUUAUUGAGCCAUUGCGACCAGAUAAACCUGGAAAUUGAUAAGCUUGAGCAAUUGAACAUGAUAACCAAAGAUUUCCACCAGCGUCUCACAGCGGUGCAGAGCCGAAUGAAUGCGCACGCUCGAAAAUUUAAAUAA